AGGCGGAUUCCUGGGACCUUAAGCACAAGAGCCCACCAUGCAGCAGGCAGAGAGAGCAAGGCGAGCAGGGCAGCUCCUACAUUCCCCAGUGGAGCCAAUGUGAUCGGGAGAGCAGGAGGCGCUGGGCUGACUCACUGCAUUGCCAUAAAGCUCUGCUGGAUCUGUAAGGGACUUCCUUGGAACUGAUAGGGGAUUUACUAUCUGUGCGCAGCCAGUGCCCCUACCGGAGCAUUAACCUUGUGUCAUCUCCAGCAUGAGUUACCCCGGGGGCACAAACUGGAUGUCUCAGGUUUAGCCUAUCCUUGCGUGUAACCAACUCUGCUGGGAGGCUGUUCCCUGUUCGUUCUCAGGCUGGGAAGGGAGUCAGCGGAGCUCCCCAUUUUAAUGAAGGAUGUACAGCUUUGGAUACAUCUUCCUCAGCCUGAUGAUUGUUCACCUCUGUCACACCAGGGAGAAGGUCUCCAGCAGGACACCUCGACAGACGUUGGAGGAUGAAGGAGCUGGGAAUAAAAUUUCUGGACUCUGGGGUACCUGGGGACCUUGGUCUAGCUGUUCUCAGACUUGCGGACUGGGAGUUAUAGAAAGAAGUAGGAGCUGUUUGUCUCCAUAUAAGCAGGUACCUUGGGUACCAGGUGCAGAACCAGCCCCACACAUCAUGCAGUCCAUCCCUCAACCUUCACCGAAUGAUGAAAGAUCAAAUGUAUAUCCAUUUGGAGCAGCAAGGCCAGCAUACCCACUGCAUACAGAUGGGGAGAUUGCAGCACCUUUUGUAGACCUUGGGGCUCAAAGACACUCUCCAGCCCUUCGAUACAAUCCAUUCAACCGCCACACUCGACAAGGCAUACAUUCCAGUGGAUCACAGCCUCCAGUCCAAAACCAUGACAGCUCCCCAUACCAUAGGUCAACAUCCAGUCGAGGGCGGGCAGCAGCAAGGCAUCCCCAAACAGGGUGGCAUCCAGCACCUUUGGAGACUCCUUACCUACAGGAAGAACUUCUUGCUCCCGAAACCUUCUCCAUGCACAGGAAUGAUCAUCAAAGCAUCCCAUCAUCCUAUAACCGGAGAAACAUUACCAGACAGGUUGAAGAUCCUGCACCAUGGCCAUUCUUUCCAGAUUCCAUUCCUCUCCUAAAACCUGAAAGUUCUGAAGACCACAAUCCAGGGCGGUCUUUUCCACCACUGACACCAACCAAAGAGUCUCGUUUCUCUAGAAGAUCCCGUGUUAGAAAUUCGAUCAAACCAGGAAAGUAUGGAUAUGGGAAAGUGCCCUUUGCUUUGCCACUCCAUAAAGACAAAGAAGAAUCACAGCGGUUUAAGAGGCAUCAUAAAUCUCUUGACGGUGGAGCUACAGAAGAAGAGGAGCACCUGGAGCCAACUCAAAUACCAUCAAUAAAUGACCGAGAAGUUUAUGACACACAUAAUGCAGACAGUUCUGUGAUUCAUAGCCCAGAGCCUUCAAAACAAAAGAGUUCUUUAUCUCAUAAAGGAGACUUACCGCACCACCAUCUACCUGAUAGAAAACAAAAGACAGUACAUGAGCAUUCUUCAUGGCCGGAAACAUUAGUCAACAUUUCCUUAUUAAUGGGACUUAGUGGGUUUCAGCAGAAAGCUCUUAAAGGUGAUGAGUCAAGACACGAAUCUAUGGAAACAGAUGUAGCUCCAGUAGAACCUGUCCAGGAAGAGGGGCUCAGUCACAGAAGGAGUCAAUCCAAUCAGAAUGACCAACUUUUAUCUGAGAUCCGUUAUUGGGGCUCUGAGAAAGAUAGUGAAAGGCAUGGUGAUCAAAACAUUGGUUCUGAAAAGCAAGUAGAAGAGGCUCAUUUGAGCAGGAUAGCUAAGACUAGAAAGGUUCGCUCCCCUAAUACCAGGGUAUUAUUGGCAGAUGAAAAACAGGCAGCUGUGGAACAAAAGUCAUCUUCUCUCCUUUCAUCAGCUACAGCUGAGGAAAUUGCAGCGGCAGACAAUUCCAAGACACAGUCUGACGUUUAUAACAGGAAUGGAGACCAACCCUUUAUGGAAAACAGAAAAGACAUCAGAAGAAUAUCUAGAGCCAAGAUGUUUGGUACAGUAAAGCCAAUGCAAAGGUUGGAUGCAACCAAGAAAGGUCAGAAUGAGAGGAGCCCAUUGGAAGGAUCGGUUUUAUUAAAUGAACGUGCAUCCCAUUUAAACAGCCAUGUGAAAAAAAUAACAAAACAUUCUGAUGGCUCUGAUAGCGAAAUAACAGCAGAUGAAGCAGAUCAGCACCACCAUCAGGUGGCAUCUGAUUCAGUACUCUUGCCUCGAUCCCGUAGCCAGCGUCAGAGCCAGAACAGGCACGGUGUGGACAACAGCAGGGUCUUCCAGAAUCUGUUUAGAGAGCAUCCUUCUGUACACAGGCCUGCUCAGUCAGAUCCUUGGCCAGCCUUUGGAAGAAGUCCAACCGUGGCUCAUGAAAGAGAACAAGAUGUAGGAUCAAGCCUUCAUCAGAACUCAGAACUUCCUCAAUGGAACCUGUACAAUCCAGCAUCGGAGGAGUUUCAUUGCGAGGGGGAGCAGAAGCAAUACAAAUCAUGUAACCAAGAGGCAUGUCCAAGUGGGCAACCUGAUGCAAGAGCCAAGCAUUGUGCCACAUUUAAUAGCCAAGAGUUUAUGGGUCGCCUGUACCAGUGGGAAGCCUUCACUGAAGUUAGUGGCAACCAAAGAUGUGCACUUAACUGCCGCCCCAUUGGCUAUCGUUUCUACGUGCGCCACACAGAGAAGGUCCAAGAUGGAACCCCAUGUGAAGCUGGCUCGCUCGAUGUUUGUGUUGAUGGCCAGUGCUUGUCUCCUGGCUGUGAUGGCAUCCUGGGGUCUAACAGCACUCUAGACACCUGUGGAGUUUGUGGUGGAGAUGGAUCUACUUGCAAAUUCAUCACUGGGACCUUCAAGGAAACCAACGUUCCCAUUGGCUACCACAAAAUCUUGGAGAUUCCCAAAGGUGCUACCCAAAUCAAAGUGAGAGAACUUACAUGGAGUCCAAACUAUCUAGCUUUAAGGAGCCGGACGGGAAAAUCCUUUAUCAAUGGUAACUGGGCAGUAGACCCCGCUGGGAGAUAUGAAGCUGGAGGAACUGUGUUUAUCUACACUCAGCCAGGACGGGAAGAGCAAGAGGGGGAAACCUUCACUGCAGCUGGUCCUACAUCCGAAGCUCUGGAUGUGUAUAUGAUAUUCCAGCAGGACAAUCCUGGUAUCUCCUUCCAGUUCUUUAUUUCUUCUCCAACUGCUGCUGAUGCCUCCGGCCAUCAGUCCAACCCUUCACAGCAGGAAUAUGGAGCACUAAGAUCGAUGUCUGCCAGUGAGACUCUUGCAAACACAGGCUCGCGAACUCAGCCUCCUGAUGACCGACCUCUAGUACCACCACCCCAGUCGAGACAGAGACCCGUUAGCACCCUGCAACGGAAUAUCCGUGUCCCCCCUCUCCAGUCACCUCCAGUUCACUACUGGCCAGAACAACCUCAGUUCUUCUGGAAGAGAGUGGGCAGCACUGCUUGUUCUGUUUCUUGUGGCAAAGGAUUCUGGUACCCAGUUUACCAGUGCGUCUCCAGAAACUCCCUAGAGGAGGUUAGCGAGGAGGAGUGUGACUUGUCCAAUAAGCCUUUCCCCCAGGAGGAAGCGUGCAACACUCAGCCCUGCCCAGCCUUUUGGGAUGUAGGCAACUGGUCAGUGUGCAGCAGGACCUGUGGAAAUGGAAUACAGCACCGGCAAGUACUUUGUCGCCAGAUGUACGCCAACAGGACCACCAUGGUGCACCCACAGAGAUGCAGCCAUCUGGUAAAGCCCAACGUAACGCAGACCUGUCAGCUCCGUAUCUGCAGCCACUGGGAGAUCCAGUCCAACUGGAGCACAUGCUCCGUUAUGUGCGGGCUGGGCCAGAGGACUCGACACGUUCGCUGUGUCAGUAACCAAGGUGAUGAGGUGGGCGAUGGUGAAUGCAGCAACCGACUGCGCCCUAGAACCAACGAGGCCUGCGAUAUGGGCCCGUGUGUCCGAAGCUGGUUCCACAAUGAAUGGAGUCCUAUAUGCUCCACGGAAUGUGGGACCGGUAUCCAGAGGCGCUCGGUAUUCUGCCUGUCCAGUUCCCCCACAGACGAGUCCCAGGAGAGCUGCGGAGGCUCCAAACCAUCUGACAUGCGUGUGUGCAAUAGUGGCCCCUGCGAGCGCACAGUAAAGUGGUACACCGGACCCUGGACACAGUGCUCUGCGGAUUGCGGUGACGGUUCCCAAAAGCGCGACGUGAUCUGCGUGAGCAAGCUGGGGGCAGAGUUUAAUGUCACAGAUCCGUCGGAGUGCUCCCAUUUAGAAAAACCCCUUCCGCUUCAGAGCUGUAAUGCAGGGCCGUGUGGGCCCAGCUGGUUCACUACCCCCUGGAGUGCGUGCUCCCAGUCCUGCCUCGGAGGGUUGCAGAUGCGGGAAGUGCGGUGCUUAGCGUCAGACAAGAGCUUCAGUCAGCAGUGUGACCAGGAUACCAAGCCGGAGGAUAAGAGAGUGUGCAACACGCAGCCUUGCUCUGCUGCAUUAGAUGAAAACUGCCGGGACCGAUAUCACAAUUGCGCCGUGGUGGUUCAAGCACGACUGUGCGUCUAUGGCUACUACAAGCAAGCAUGCUGUUCUUCCUGCGCCCACGCCGUACAGCGAUCUGUGACUCCAGAGAGCAGAUAACAGCCACCGACAAUCACACAGCCUUCCAUGAUCACCCCCCCAUCCCCACUUCACCAGAGUUUAUAUUUUAUAUACUCAGAAGAGACAGUAUUUAUUAACCUGUUUGGCACUGGUGCGGCUCGCGCGGCAGGUCCUACUAGUAACAAAAUGGAGAAAGACACAAAAUGUAUAUUUGCUUUUUAAGUUUGGCCUGAUAACAGGAUUAAAAUUCUGUUUUCCCAGGUCCCUUACGGUGCUACCCUAUAGAACUUAUUUUCCUGUACUGUGACAGUGACAUGUAUAUAUGCAGCAAUGAUAUCCCAGGGCAGGGAUCCCCAACCCUUUUCACCCUCGAGCCCCUCAGAUGUAAAAUGUUGGUGUGGCACACAAGCAUGAAAAGGUUGGGAAUGCCAAAUAAGGACUGUGAUUGGCUAUUUGGUGGCCCCAUGUGGACUGCUGGCCUUCAGGAGGCUUGGCUUGGAGUAAAACUGUGUCUCUGUGCUUCCAAAGCUUGCUUCCAAGCCA